AGUCCAUGGCUGACCGUGACAAAAUGGGAAGAAAUCAUAGCUGUGAUACUGAUGAGAAGGAUUUGGGUUUGACAGUUGGGCAGCAGGUGACUGCUAAUCCUUUUCGGGAUAAGAUAGAGUACCAAGCAACCAUCCUACGCUGCGUUAAGAGGGGCAUCUUUGAACUACAGUUCGAUGAUGUUUGCUGCAACGUGUCUAGAAAAUAUAUAAAGCUGAUAACAGAUCAAACGACAGACGAGACCGGAUCUGUAAUGGAUGGUCCAGCUGAAGACAAGACCAGAUCUUUAAUGGAUGGUCCAGCUAAAGACGAGACUGGAUCUGUAAUGGAUGGUCCAGCUGAAGACGAGACUGGAUCUGUAAUGUGUGGUCCAGCUGAAGACGAGACUGGAUCUGUAAUCGAUGGUCCAGCUAAAGACGAGACCGGAUCUGUAAUGAAUGGUCCUGCUGAAGACGAGACCGGAUCUGUAAUGUGUGGUCCAGCUGAAGACGAGACUGGAUCUGUAAUCGAUGGUCCAGCUGAAGACGAGACCGGAUCUGUAAUGAAUGGUCCUGCUGAAGACGAGACCGGAUCUGUAGUGGAUGGUCCAGCUGAAGACGAGACCGUAUCUGUAAUGGAUGGUCCGGCUGAAGACAAGACCGGAUCUGUAAUAAAUGGUCCUGCUGAAGACGAGACCGGAUCUGUAAUGGAUGGUCCUGCUGAAGACGAGACCGUAUCUGGAAUGGGUGGUCGAGCUGAAGACGAAACCGGAUCUGUAAUGGAUGCUCCGGCUGAAGGCAAGACCGGAUCUGUAAUCGAUGGUCCAGCUGAAGAUAAGACCAGAUCUGUAAUAAAUUGUCCUGCUGAAGACAAGACCGGAUCUGUAAUGAAUGGUCCUGCUGAAGACGAGACCGGAUCUGUAAUGGAUGGUCCUGCUGAAGACGAGACCGUAUCUGUAAUGGGUGGUCGAGCUGAAGACGAAAUCGGAUCUGUAAUGGAUGGUCCGGCUGAAGGCGUGACCGGAUCUGUAAUAAAUGGUCCAGCUAAAGACGAGACCGGAUCUGUAAUGGGUGGUCCAGCUGAAGACAAGACCGGACCUCGAGAAAACGACAAUAAAGCUAAUAAGCAAAUGAGUUAUUCUGGAAUUUUAGAGAAAGAGAACAAUUCAAAAAAAAACCCAUAUGAAGGUAAACCAUUUGAAUGUAAUGUUUGUUCCUUCUCUUCCUCCUCCGAACCUCUUCUUCAGAAACAUCUUCUGAAACAUCUUCUGAAACAUCAGAGAGUUCAUACUAAAGAAAAACCUUUCGAGUGUGAACAGUGCUCAUAUGCUUGUUCUUAUAAACAUCAUCUAGUUUUACAUCAGCGUAUUCACACUGGUGAGAAGCCCCACAAGUGCAAUGAAUGCUCAUAUGCUUGUGCUCAAAAAAGUGGUCUAGUCCAACAUCAGAAAAUUCACACUGGUGAAAGACCAUUCAAGUGUGAACAUUGCUCAUAUGCUUCUACUCAGAAAGGCACUCUAGACUUACAUCAACGAAUUCACACUGGUGAGAAACCAUACAAGUGUGAGGAAUGCUUGUUUGCUUUUACUCAUAAAGGUAGUCUAGAUAGACAUCAGCGGAUUCACACAGGGGAGAAACCCUACAAGUGUACAGAAUGCUCAUAUGCUUCUUCUAUAAAAGGAAAUCUAGUCGUACAUCAGAAAGUUCACAGUAAUGAAAGACCAUUCAAGUGUGAACAGUGCUCAUAUGCUUCUUCUCAUAAACGCCUUCUAGUUUUACAUCAGCGAAUUCACACUCGUGAGAAAUCCUACAAGUGUGAACAUUGUGCACAUGCUUUUGCUCUAAAAUGUGAUUUAGUGAAACAUCGGCUAAUUCACACUAGUGAGAAACUGUACAAGUGUACAGAAUGCUCAAAUGCUUUUUCUUAUAAACAUCAUCUAACCAAUCAUCAGAAAAUUCACACAGGUGAGAGACCCUUCAAGUGCAAGGAAUGCUCAUAUGGUUGUAUUAAAAAACAUGAUCUUAUCAUACAUCAACGAAUUCACACUGGUGAGAAACCCUACAAGUGCGAGGGAUGCUCAUAUGCUUGUUCUCGAAAAUCUAAUCUAAUCCAACAUCAGCGAAUUCACACAGGGGACAAUCCCUACAAAUGCAGCGAUUGUAAAUACACAAGUUCUUCUGAAUCAAAUCUUAUGCAUCAUCAACGAAUUCACACCGGAGAGGAAUUCUACAAGUGCGAGGAAUGCUCAUAUGCUUGUUCACAAAAAUGUGAUCUAGUGAAACAUCAGCGAAUUCACACCGGUGUGAAACCCUACAAGUGCGAGGAAUGCUCAUAUGCUUGUGCUCAAAAAAGUAAUCUUAUCCGACAUCAGCGAAUUCACAAAAGUGUGAACUGUGAAACCCUACAAACGCAGCGACUUUGAAUACGCCAGCCCUUCUAAAUCAAAUCUUUUAAAACACCAACGAAUUCAUAAUGAAAAGAAACGUUAGAAAAGAAGAUCAGU